UCGCUAAGGAGUCACGUGAGCGCGCGCGCGAUCCACAAGGUUCAUAGCGUACUUUCCUUCGAGGAGUAAGGUUCUUCAAAAAUUUUAUUAUGGCAGAAAAUAGCGAAAAAUACUCUGAAACUGCUCAGACUGGCGAUAUUUCCGUUGCAGAAGAGACUGUUUUGCUGGGGGAAGAUGAUACUGGCGAUGAUGGCGAUGCUGACUCGCCAGAAAUAACGAUGCAAGGGCUCGCGCAAAUGAUGAACUCAAUGAACGAAAACAUGGCCGCCGUGGCAUCUUCUUUUGCUUUGUUGGGAUCUUCUCUGAAACAAAAAACGAGUAACGAUCCAACUAUUGAUGACGACCAGCACACAGGCGAUGAAAGCGAUCAUUCCUCACACAGCGAUUCAUCAGAACUCCGAGCAAUUAUGGCGCCAAAAGAUGAAACAACCGCAUCAACGGUCGAGCCCUCGAAUUUGCUCGGUCAAAUUGCGAGUGACUUUGACGAGGAUGAAAAUACUUCAGGUGCCGUCACCGAGAAGCUUGCUGAGAUCGUAAAUAAACGUUUUUCGGCGCCCUUAGUUGAAGAGAAACUAAAAGAAAAACUCGGGCAGUACUUGCGUACAGAUAACUGCGCUAAGCUCGCAAUACCAAAGGUUAGUCCUGAAAUAUGGAUGAAAUUAAACCGCCCAGCUUCAAGACAAGACCUUCACAUGGCCAGCAUCCAAAGGGCCAUUGUAAAAGCUGAUACAGCUUUAACACAGUUAGCUGAAAUAUUGCUAACAACUCCCUCAGGCACAACUGGUCCUGAUUUAGGAAAGCUGUUGACUAUGAAUGCUGAUGCUGUGGCAUUGCUUGGUCAUGCCACUCAUCAAUUGUCCAUGCACCGGCGACAAGCUAUUAAACCAUUCUUACCAUUCUUAAACAAAGAGUAUGCCACACAUUGUUCACCACAGGGCCCAGUUACAGAGUUCCUGUUUGGUGAUGAGCUUCAGUCUCAACUGAACAACAUAAAAGCCUCAAACAAGAUUGGUAACACUAUGGCUUCAGAAUCCCCAAGACCGCUUGCAAAAGGCAAAGAGCCCUGGAAAAAUAAACCUAAGGGUCCUUUUUUGGGAGGGGCGAGGGGGCAGGCAGGACCGACCCCCGUACAGACAAAAGCAAUAGAGAAAGAACAAAUCUUAAACAAACUUACUACAGUACAGGUACAGGAUUAUGGUUCCUUUAUACCUGACAUUUUAGAAUAUCUUAAAAAUAAAGUUUCUAAUUUUCAAGCUGGUAGAUUGUCAUCUUAUGUUGAACAAUGAAAAUUGUUAACAUCGGAUGAAUUUAUUUUAGAUAUGGUGACAGGGGCACACAUAGAACUCUCGCCAACCCUUUUUCAGGUUAAAUGCCAACAGAAAAAAUUGUUUAGUAGCAAAGAAAGGCUGGUCAUUGAUUCUGAAAUAAAAAGCCUACUUGCCAAAGGUGUCAUUGUACCCAGUGUUACUGAACCUGGGGAGUAUAUUUCACCCAUCUUUAUUACUCCUAAAAAAGAUGGGUCGUAUCGCAUGAUUUUAAACCUUAAACAAUUUAAUGAACAUGUGGCCUAUCAUCAUUUUAAAAUGGACAAUUUAGCAUCUGCUAGUAGUAUGAUGAAACCACUUUGCUUUAUGGCUUCAGUAGAUUUCAAAGAUGCGUACUAUUCUGUCCCUAUAGCAUCUACUGAUCAAAAAUACUUAAAGUUUAUUUGGGAUGGGCAACUAUACAAAUUUGUAUGUUUCCCUAAUGGACUUGCAUGUUGCCCCAGUAUGUUCACUAAACUGUUGAAACCUGUUUAUGCAAACUUAAGACAACAGGGACAUAAAUCAUCCGGGUAUAUUGAUGUAUCCUACCUACAGGGUGAUGACUUUCCUGAUUGUGAUGCAAAUGUCGAAGUCACUGUGCAUAUGUUUGAUUCUGGUCCCUAG